GAUGUACAUUCAAAAAGGGUUUACAUAAACCCUUCGUUCUUUCUUUCUCGCGUCCACCAACCAACAAUGUCUUCCAGAGGACCUGGCCUCUUCUCCGAUAUCGGAAAAAAAGCUAGAGAUAUCCUUACAAAAGAUUACAACUCCGAUCAAAGAUUCACCAUCUCCUCCUCCACCAACUCCGGUCUCGAUUUGCAUUCAACGUUAUUGAAGAGUAGAGGACUCUCUUCUGGAGAUGUUGUAACUCAAAUUAAGCAUAAUAACAAAACUAUUCAGUUCAAAGUUGAUACUGAAUCAAGUGUGUUGACAACAUUUACUGUGACAGAUUUCGUGCCUUCUGCGAAAGUUCUUGCUUCUAUUCGAUUACCUGAUUACAAAUCCGGCAAGGUUGAGGUUCAAUAUCUUCAUGAUCAUGCUGGUUUUACAAGUGCUGUUGAUUUAAAUCGCAAUCCUGCUAUUGAUUUUUCUGCGACAAUUGGUACUCCUGGCAUUGCGUUUGGAGCAGAAACCAGCUACUCCACAAGUGUUGGGAAAUUUACAAAGUACAAUGCCGGAGUGUGCUUGAAGUUGCCGAGUUCCAUUGCUUCGGUAAUUUUAGCUGACAAAGGAGACUCCAUGAAGGUAUCGUACUUGCGCGACCUAGAAAGGUUGAAUGGAGGAGCUGUUGUGGGAGAAAUUAGUCGAAAAUUCUCUACAAAUGAGAACACGUUGACGGUUGGAUGUUCUUAUGUGGUUGAUCCUCGGACAACUGUGAAGGUAAAGCUGAACAACCAUGGCAAUCUUGGGACCUUAUUGCAGCAUGAGCUUACACAAAAGUCAUUCUUGACAAUCUCAGGCGCCUUUGAAACAAAGGCAUUGGAAAAUACUCCCAAGUUUGGUUUCUCACUAUUGCUCAAGCCUUAAUGGGAUUGAUAAAUGGGGACAAUUUGCCAAGUUAUACUGUCACGUGUUCCUUCAAUUUAGUUGAAUUUAAGGAAGAAUGUGUAGGAAAUUGAUAUCACUUGUUGGUUUUUUUUUGUCCAUUUUGUCUUCAAAUGAUUGAUUGGUAGGAUGUGUAGAAAUCCAUUGUCACUGUGUAUGAAUUAUAAACUAUUGAUAAUGUCCUGAUUGAAAACUAAGCAAUUGAUAAGCAAUUGUUUAUUUUGAUCUUCCAA